AGUAUUUCAUUUUACGGUUCAUUUGGACUUUCUGUGGAUUUGAAGCUUGGUUUUUAUUUCUCUUAUCUCUUUUCUGUUUUAAGGGUAAAAUUACUAAAAAAAUCGGGACUUGUGUCUGUUCAGCCAAAGGCCAUUCCGGUUCUUUGAAGCAGUGAUAAUCAUCUCUUCUUCAGAGCUCUUGUGUUGUUUUCCCCCAAAGUGUUAACUGGAAACGUGGACACAAUAAUGGUUUUGGGUCUUCAACCUAUGUUGCUGUUGCUGCUCUUGGCUUUUUUCCAACUAAGCAACGCUUUGAACUCAGAUGGAAAGGUUUUAUUGGCCCUUUCUGGCAAUUUGAUACUUCCUCAUUUAGUGAACUCCACCUGGAACUCAUCAGACCCAAGUCCUUGUGGAUGGGCAGGAAUCGGUUGCGACAGAGGUGGAUUCGUGACUUCAUUUGAGCUUCCUGAGCUUCAAAUUUCUGGUUCGUUGGGCAAAGAAAUUGGAUUGCUAAGUCAUCUGAGGAAACUAGAUCUUGGUGUCAACGAUCUUUCUGGACUUAUUCCCUCGGAACUAGGCAAUUGCACCCUUCUUGAAUACUUGGAUCUCUCAGACAAUUACCUUUCAGGUGAGAUACCAGAGACCCUUCAGAACCUCAAGAAGUUGUCAUACCUUUCACUUUUCACUAAUUUGUUGAGUAGCAAUAUACCAAGUCUUUUGUUCCGCAGUCCUUCCCUUGAAACUAUCUAUCUUUCUGACAACAAGCUCAAUGGCUCAGUUCCUUCCUUUGAUGAAAAUACAUGCAAGGUUAAAUUUUUAAGGCUCAAUGAAAAUAAUCUUUCAGGUAUUUUGCCAACUUCAAUUGGUAAUUGCAGUAAGUUAGAAAAGCUCUAUCUAUAUGCGAACCAGUUAACAGGACUUAUUCCCAGGACCAUAAAUGACCUCAUAGCAGUAGAUGUUAGUGAAAAUGAUCUAGUGGGGAACAUCCCUUUCACCUCAAAAACAUGCAAGUUAGAGAACUUAGUUAUGUCCUUCAAUCAAUUGGACGGUGAGAUUCCUACGGCAUUGGGUAACUGCAGCAAUUUGAAGUACCUUGCUAUUGUUGACAAUCACUUGUCAGGGAGAAUUCCAUCAACACUUGGUUUGUUGACAAAGCUUGAGAUUCUUUAUCUAUCUAAUAACUCUUUGUCAGGGUCAAUUCCCUCUGAGAUAGGCCAAUGUCAAUCAUUGAUUUCAUUGCAGUUGUAUGAUAAUCAACUAGAAGGGAUUGUUCCAAGACAAUUGGGUAAUUUGAGAAAUCUAGAAAGUCUUUUACUUUUUAGUAAUAAUUUGACUGGAGAGCUUCCGAUUGAAAUUUGGAGAAUCCUAAAUUUGACAACUAUACUUAUCUAUGACAACAACUUCUCUGGGCAACUACCUGUGGAGAUGUGUCAGUUAAAAAGUUUGAAUAACAUUUCUAUCUAUGAUAAUCAAUUCACAGGGGUCAUUCCUCAAUGCUUGGGAAUCAACAACAGUCUAGUGGAUGUUGACUUUACAGAUAAUAAUCUUGUUGGUAGCAUCCCUCCUAAUAUUUGUUUAAGAAAUCAGUUGAUGUUUAUGACAUUGGGUAAUAAUAAGCUCAAUGGGACAAUACCUAUAGGAGUUGGGAAUUGUUUGAGUUUGCAGAGGUUGAUUCUUAGUCACAAUAAUCUCAGUGGCUCAAUUCCAGAAUUUUUUGUGGCAUCAAGUUUGUCAUAUGUUGAUUUAAGUUUCAACAAACUCAGUGGACAAAUUCCUCAAACCGUAGGAAACAUUGUGAACCUCACUGAUGUAAACUUGUCAAUGAACAAGCUUAAUGGACCAAUACCUCGACAAAUAGGAAACCUAGCCAACCUUGAACGUUUGAAUUUGUCCAACAACAAUUUAUAUGGUCCAUUGCCUUUUGAAUUAUCAGAAUGUCGCAUGUUAUUUUCGUUGGACUUGGGAUUCAACUCUUUUAAUGGAACAAUACCGGCAAGCCUUGGAAACUUAUCUAGUCUCUCUCAGUUGAUAUUGCAAGAGAAUCAAUUUAGUGAAGGAAUUCCGAAUUUCUUAGCUGAGUUAAAUGGACUGAUUGAGCUACAGUUUGGAGGAAACAAGUUGGGAGGCAGCAUCCAGCCAUCAUUGGGUUCAUUGCAAAACUUGAAAGUAGCUUUAAACCUCAGUGAUAAUGGAUUAGUUGGACAACUUCCACUUGAGUUGAGGAAAUUGAAUAUGCUACAAAGCUUUGAUAUUUCUUUUAACAAUCUAACCGGAGGUUUGAUGCCCUUGAGUGAUCUUACUUCAUUAACAUACAUCAAUAUUUCAUACAACAACUUUAGCGGUUCACUACCGAGAGGCUUGCUUAAGUUUGUAGAAUCAUCGCCAAGCUCAUUUAUAGGAAAUCCUCAACUUUGCAUCUCUUGUCAAACAGAAGAUUCUACUUGCUCAAACAUCACCAUAUUAGAACAAUGCAGCGUGCCAAAUAAUAAUUCCAAAGGUGUAUCUAAGAUUGUGAUUGUAAUCAUAGCUCUUGCUUCUGGUUUGCUCUGUGCUCUAGUCCUUUUCCUUGCGAGAUUUUUCUUUCUCAGGUGUAAAAGAAAGAAAGAUGAUGUUCCAUCCUUGCAUGAAGAUUCUUCUUUCCUACUAAAGAAAGUAAUUGAAGCCACUGAGGAUUUCAAUCAGCAAUAUGAAAUCGGUAGAGGAGCUCAUGGGAUAGUUUACAAGGCAACUCUCGAUAUAGGAAAAAUAUAUGCCGUAAAGAAGAUUGUUUUUCCACAUCAGAAACGAUCAAAUCAGAGCAUGAUAAGAGAAAUCCAAACUCUUGGGAAAAUCAGGCAUAGAAAUUUAGUGAAAUUGGAGAAAUUUUGGUUUGAAUGUGGAUAUGGACUUAUAUUGUAUGAGUAUAUGGCAAAGGGCAGCCUCCAUGAUGUUCUUCAUGAGAUUAAGCCCACACCAGUCCUAGAGUGGAAGGUGAGGUACAAGAUAGCUCUUGGCAUUGCCCAAGGGCUAGAUUAUCUUCACAACGACUGCAGCCCUGCUAUCAUACACCACGACAUAAAACCGAAAAAUAUAUUGCUGGAUGCCAAUAUGGAGCCACAUAUCUCGGAUUUUGGGAUUGCUAAGCUUGAUCAGGAUUCUACUCAGUCAGCUACUAUUAUGGGCACCCUUGGCUAUAUUGCACCAGAGACUGCCUACACGACCAGAAGGAGCAAGGAGUUGGAUGUGUACAGUUAUGGAGUCGUCUUACUUGAACUCAUAACAAGAAAGAUGGCCAUCGACCCAUCGUUCUCAGAAAAUAUGGACAUAGUGGGAUGGGUCACUUCCUCCUUGGAUGGCAGUGGUAAAAUAGAAGCUGUCAUGGAUGAAGACCUCACGAAUGAAGUUACAGGUAGUUCAGAGAUCAAAGAAGUGAACAAGGUUCUUUCAUUGACCAUGAGAUGUGUAGCAAGGGAGGCAAGCAGGCGGCCUUCAAUGCGGAAUGUUGUCAGGGAAUUACAAGAUAUCUAGUCUAGAUUUGCUGAUUCUCAUAAACAUUGGAAAUCUUAACCCACAACUAGUAUGUAAAAUCUUAUUUAAAAAAUGUAAUCAAAGAGGAUUGGUUACAGAAACAUCUCGGCUGCUAGUGGAUGUUAAAACUUUUUUUUGUC